AUGGAACCGUCAACGAGGCCCCGGGUGCUGCUAUUCGACGUUGGGGGAGUGUGUGUGGUGUCGCCCUUUCAAGCAAUCCUAAACUACGAGAUUGCAAACAAGAUCCCUCCCGGAUGGGUCAAUUUCAGCAUCUCCCGCACAUCGCCCAAUGGAAGCUGGCACAAGCUCGAACGUGGCGAGAUCAAGCUCGAUGCCGACUUUUUCAAGGGAUUCAGCCAAGACUUGCAACAAGCCUCGCUCUGGGAAGAGUUUCAUGGGCGGCUGCGAUCAAAAAAGAAUGGCACAGCAUCAGAUAUUACUCUCCCGGCCUCCUUGCCCCAGCUCGACGCAGAGUACUUGUUCUGGGAGAUGAUGCGCAUCUCGCGCGACCCGGAUCCGUUCAUGUUCCCAGCACUAAGAAAAUUGAAAGCAUCGGGCCAAUUCCUGAUGGGAGCUUUGUCAAAUACAGUUAUAUUUCCGUCUGAUCACCCCUACGCAGCUGAUACUAUCGGGCUGCGAGACCAGUUCCAUUUCUUCGUCUCUUCCGCGCAUACUGGCCUUCGGAAGCCGGAUCCCAGGAUAUACGCUCAUGCGCUUGAGAAGAUGAACGAGUUAUCAGCUUCCAGGGGCGAGGCCAAAAUUAGGCCGUCGGACGUCUUGUUUCUCGACGACAUUGGCGAGAACUUGAAGGCUGCCAAGCGGGCGGGCUUUGGGACGCUGAAAGUCGUCCUUGGCCAGACGCAGGACGCAGUCAAAGAAUUGGAAAAUGCUACGGGAUUGCGACUCCUGGACGAUGGAGUGGCGCCUAAAUUAUAG